AUGAUACAAGAUUGGUCCCGACUUUCGACAAGUCGAGGUCGAUGGGACGGUCGUAGAAACCGCCCUGUCCCGGAUGCUGUCUGGCUGGAACAACAUAGACGCGCUUUGCCAUUCGUGCUAAAGAGAGAGAACGAACGCGCACCAGCUCCAAGACUCAUAAAACUAGGGGAAGGCGUGGAAAUUCGAGAGGAUCUACUGCGGGGUGUGAAGUGGGGGGAUUACAGAAAGGUGACUAGGGGGCUAGCGGCUGCUCUGUUCUCCCCCAUUGAAUUGGCGACGUGUUCUGUCACGGGGCAGCGGUGGUCACGCGCCGGUCAGGAGUCGAGGCCGACUAAGCCCCCGCUGGACAGACGCCGUGUACACGCCCUGAUCACCUAUGUCAGCAGGCACUUCCCUGACGUCGAAGUGAGCCGGAUCAAGCAGGUGCUGGCGUAUAAGUGCAAGGAGAAUUGCGCGGCGCUUCGAAUGAGAACGGCCAGGUUGUCUAACUGUUUCAGCGAGUCUAGUAACUAUCUGCUGAGUGCGGCGGGCCGAGCCCCUUGCGACGAUGCGCCGCCGCCACAUCAUCCGCCGACACCUACACCGCGCCCUUCAUUUUCCAACUACGAGGCCUCAAAAGGUGGCGGCAGUGGCGCCAGCGGAGCAGGAGGAAGCGGGACGAGCGGUGGGGGUGGGGAAGGGCGAGGAGGGACCGGGGGUGAUGACGACAACACGCACUGA